CUUCAGCACUGCCUGACAUGACAUUACAAAGCAUCUCGUGUCAUGAGAGAACAGAAGUGCCAGAUUUGGGUGAGAGAAGAUAAGAAGUCAUGUCCGCUCAAAGUGCAAAGAAAAAAAGAUUUGGUUCACGUCGCCGAGCAGCAAACCAAAAUGAAAUAUCUAAGGGUGAUGAGUUCCACACAACGGACAGUACCUUUGUAGCUCAAUACCACAUACCAGAAGAAAAUACUGAGUCAUUAAAUGAAGUUGCUAGUCCUGACAAUUCACAGUCUGAAACACAACCCCUACCUUCACCUGAACUCUCAGGGAACAGGAGAAAACUGGGAUCUAGUCGAAGAAAUAAAAGACAGCAUGUUAAGGACUCGGAGACUGAAUCGCACCACAACCCCAGAGAGGAAGUUGAGGAAAAGACCAGGGGAGAGGAAACCACUGAAACGAAACAAAUGUCACUUGUAAUACAACAUAAGAGGCAGGAAGAGUUAAGUCAGGGGGCUGUGGAUGAUAUGUCUGCAACGCAUGACGAGUCUUUGUAUUCAGCCGUUACACCUUCUGAGGUUCAAAACUCUACAAUAAACUAUGCAGAGGCUGACCUGGAAAGUUUAAUUCCCAAAAGUGAAAAUCUGCAAGUAGACCAAGAUGAAAAUGAGACCAACUCUAGGGUGGUUUCUGACUCUUGUAAAUUAGUGGAAUAUAUGCAGGAAGGAAAUGACAAAUCUGACACUCUUCACAGUGAGGACGUCAAAGAAAGUGAACAUCUUGUUGGCAUCUCUGAGUUAACUACUUUAAGUGUACUUUCAUGCCCAACAGUAGAUCCUCAGCUGAUUGACCAAUUAAAUUCCAGGGAAAUGCCAGAAGAAAAAUUUCCAAAUAUGUAUUCUACAACAGAAAAAGACAGCAAUGAAAGAGACGACAACAUAGAAUUGUUAAAGCAGGAUGGAAACUUACAGGGCAACUUCUUAGUGAGUGAGUCACAUGUAGAAUCAGUUGCUAUGCAGUUUUCUACCACACCAGUGAUAACCACAGAAAAAAUGAGCUCAAGAGAAAACACUGACACUGAAUGCAGUGUUUGGCAAGCAGCAAUUUCAACAGCAGAAGAGGUGUUACAUACAGAUGAGGAACAAAAUGAACAUUUCAACUUAUCUGAAGUCAAAGGUGAUCAUCAGUCAGAAGACGCUGAAAACAAAGUUCGUGAACAAAAGAUUAAGCCAACAGAAAUACAUGAAAUCACAUCUGAAAUGUUGAUACAUGAUGCCACAGAAAAUCCUGAAAACCUUACAGACCAAACUGACAUGAGUGGCACACAGCAGCCUGAGUUCGUUGUGAAAAUCACAGAUGAUUGUCUCACCAGUAAUGAAAUUUCAAGUUCUGACAGCAAACAGGAUGAGCAUCAUACAGAUGAAAGCAACGCUGAAGCUUUAGAGGAGAAAAAUGAGGAUUAUCAUGUAUAUCAUACCAAGAAACCACCAAUCAGCAACAAAGAAAGAGUAGACACUGUACUUGGUCAGGUGUAUGAGAUGGAAGGCCAAGUAGAGGAUGAUAUAAAACUCAGUGUUGAACAAACAGGUCAUCAGGAGAAGGAUAGACUUUUCUAUGAAAUGGAGGAGAGUGAGUCCCCCUUACGAACCCUGAAAUCAGAAAUAAAUUCUCCUUUUGAUUCCCAACACCAGCAAAAUGACACAGACUUCAACCCCCUUGGGAACAGAAGAAAACUGGGGUCUAGUCGUAGAAAUAAAGGACGACAACAUGUCAAAGACCCUGAUGCUGAAUCAUACCACAAACCUGCAGAGGAUGUUGUUGGAAAUACCAGGGAUAAUGAACCCCUUGAAACAACAGAAAUGUCACUGACAAUAAAAACAGCAAUGCAGGGAAAAACAAAUGAAACCAUGCUGGAAGGAAUCAACAAAUUUGACACUACUGAGACUGAAGAUGUUGGUGAUCAAGUUAAAGAAAAUGCACUUUGCACUGAUAUACAGCUUCCCAGUUCGUGUUCUGUAACUGAAAGAAAGGAAAGAGACGAGAACACGGAACUGCUUAAGCAGUGGGGAAUUUUGCAGUCCAACGAUUUGGUGAGUGAGGGUGUAGAGUCGUCUAUCGCAUCAGAGAUAACCACAGAUAAUCAUGACCCCAGAGAGCAUACAGAGCCUGAAUGUAGUGUUGAACAAGCACUAUUUUCAUUGCCAAAAGAAGAGUCACCAACAAAUGAGGAACAAAAUGAGCAUUUCAACUUGUCUGAAGUCAGAGGUGAUCAUCAGUCAGAGGAUGCUGAAAGUAAAGUGCAUGAACAGGAAAUUAAACCAACAGAAAUGCCUCAAACUGAAUACUCAUCUGAAAUGUUGAUACAUGAUGCCACAGAGAAUCCUGAAAUCACCUCUGGAAACCUGACAGACCAAACUGAAGUCAGUGAUACACACCAAUCUGAGUUGAGUGUAAACGGUGCUGAUGAUUCUCCUUUCAAGCAGGACAUUUCAAAUCCUGAUGACAAAGAAGAUGAGCGUCCUGUGGAGGAAAGCAACUUUGAGACUUUAGAGCAGAAUAAUGAGGAUUAUCAUGUUUAUGAUACCAAGAAAGCACCAAUCAGCGACAUAGAAAGAGUAGACACUGCGCAAGGUCAGGUGUCUGAGGUGGAAGGCCAAGUAGAGGAUGAUGUAAAACCUAGUGAUGAACAAACAGAUCAUCAGGAGAAGGAAGGACUCUUUGAUAAAAUGGAGGAGAGUGAAUCCUCUUUACAAACCCUGCAAUCAGAAACAAAUGUUCCUUCUGAUUCCCAACAUCAGCAAAAUGACACAGGCUUCAACCCCCUUGGGAACAGAAGAAAACUGGGGUCUAGUCGCAGAAAUAGAGGAAGACGUCAUGUCAAGGACCCUGAUGCUGAAUCAUACCAUGAACCUACAGAGGAUGUUGUUGGAAAUACCAGGUAUAAUGAACCCCUUGAAAAAACAGAAAUGUCACUGACAAUAGAAACAGCAAUGCAGGAAAAAACAAGUGAAACCAUGCUGGAAGGAAUCGACAAAUUUGACACUACUGAGGGGGAAGAUGGUAGUGAUCAAGUUAAAGAAAAUGAACAUGGUGGCACACUUGUUGGCACUGAUUUACAUUCAAGUUCAACAGUAGAUCAACAGACAGUCAACCAAUCAAACAUCAUGGAGAUGCCAGAUAAGGAGCUUCCCAGUUUGUGUUCUGUAGCAGAAAAGGAAAUGGACGAGGACACAGAGCUGCUCGGGCAGUCAGGAAUUUUGCAGUCCAACAAUUUGGUGAGUGAGGGUGUAGAGUCGUCUAUCACAUCAGAGAUAACCACAGAUAAACAUGACCCCAGAGAGCAUACAGAGCCUGAAUACAGUGUUGAACAAGCAAUAUUUUCAUUGCUAAAAGAAGAGUUGCCCACAAAUGAGGAACAAAAUGAGCAUUUCAACUUGUCUGAAGUCAAUGGUGAUCAUCAGUCACAGGAUGCUGACAGUAAAGUGCAUGAGCAGGAGAUUGAGCUAACAGAAAUGCCUCAAACUGAAUACUCAUCUGAAAUGUUGAUACAUGAUGCCACAGAGAAUCCUGAAAUCAUUUCUGAAAACCUGACAGACCAAACCGAAGUCAGUGAUGCACAUCAAUCUGAGUUGAGUGUAAACAGUGCUGAUGAUUCUCCCUUCAAGCAGGAAAUUUUAGAUCCUAAUGACAAAGAGGAUGAGCAUCAUACAGAAGAAAGCAACUUUGAGACUUCAGAGCAGAAACAUGAAGAAUAUAAUGUUUAUGAUACCAAGACACCACCGAUCAGCAACAUAGAAAGAGUAGACACUGUACUUGGUCAGGUAUAUGAGAUGGGAUGCAGAGUAGAGGAUGAUAUAAAAUCUAGUGAUGAACAAACAGGUCAUCAGGAGAAGGAAGCAGUCUUCUCUGAAAUGGAGGAGAGUGAAUCCUCUUUACAAACCCUGCAAUCAGAAAUAAAUUCUCCUUUUGACUCUCAACAUCAGCAAAAUGAAACAGGCCUCAACCCCCUUGGGAACAGAAGAAAACUGGGUUCUAGCCGCAGAAAUAAAGGUAGACGUCAUGUCAAGGACUCUCAUACUGAAUCACACCACACACCUUCAGAGGAUGUUGUUGGAAAUACCAGAGAUAAUGAACCCCUUGAAACAACAGAAAUGUCAUUAACAACAGAGACAGCAAUGCAGGGAAAAACAAAUGAAACCAUGCUGGAAGGAAUCAACAAAUUUGACACUGCUGAGACUGAAGAUGUUGGUGAUCAAGUUAAAGAAAAUGCACUUGGCACUGAUAUACAUUCAAGUUCAACAGAAGAUCAACAGACAAUCGACCAAUUAAUUUUCAGGGAGAUGCCAGAUAAAGAACUUCCUGAUGUGUGCUUUGUGCCAGAAAAGGAAAGCAAGGAUAGAGACGAGGACACAGAAUUGUUGAGGCAUGAUGGAAAUUUACGGACCAACCUUUUAGUGAGUGAAUUACAUGAGAAUUCAGCAAAUUUAGAGUCCUCUAUCACAUCAGAGAUAACCGCAGAUAAACACAACCCCAGAGAGCAUACAGAGCCUGAAGUCAGAGGUGAUCAUCAGUCAGAGGAUGCUGUGAAUAUAGUGGAUGGACAGGAGGUAAAGCAAACACAAAUGCUAGAAAUGCCUCAAAUUGAACAGUCAUCUGAAAGGUUGAUACAUGAUGCCACAGAGAAUCUUAAAAUCACCUCUGGAGACCUUACAGACCAAACUGAAGUCAGUGAUACACACCAAUCCGAGUUAAUUAUGAGAAGUGCCAAUGAUUCUUCUACCAAUCAGGAAAUUUUAAAUCCUGAUGAGAAACAGGAUGAGCAUCAUACGAAAGAAAGCAAUACUGAGGCUUUAGAGCAUAUAAAUGAAGAUUAUCAUGUUUAUGAUACCAAGACACCACCGAUCAGCAACAUAGAGAGAGUAGACACUGCAUUCGGUCAGGUGUAUGAGAUGGAAGGCCAAUUAGAGGAUGGUAUGAAACCCAGUGUUGAACAAACAGGUCAUCAGGAAAGGGAAGGAGUCUUCUCUGAAAUGGAGGAGAGUGAAUCCUCUUUACAAACCCUACAAUCAGAUACAAAUGCUCGUGUUGAUUCUCAACAUCAGCAAAAUGACACAGGCUUCAACCCCCUUGGGAACAGAAGAAAACUGGGGUCUAGCCGCAGAAAUAGAGGAAGACGUCAUGUCAAGGACUCUGAUGCUGAAUCAUACCAUGAACCUACAGAUGAAGUUGUUGGAAAUACCAGGGAUAAUGAAUCCCUUGAAAAAACAGAAAUGUCACUAACAAUAGAGACAGCAGUGCAGGAAAAAACAAAUGAAACCAUGCUGGAAGGAAUUGACAAAUUUGACACUACUGAGGCUGAAGAUGUUACUGGUCAAGUUAAAGAAAAUGAUCAUGUUGUCACACUUGUUGGCACUGAUUUACAUUCAAGUUCAACAGUAGAUCAACAGACGAUCGACCAAUCAAAUGUCAGGGAGAUGCCAGAUGAAGAACUUCCCAGUUCGUGUUCUGUAGCAGAAAAAGAAAGCAAGGAAACAGACAAGGACACAGAGCUGCUCAAGCAGUCGGGAAUUUUACAGACCAACUAUUUAAUGAGUGAACCACAUGUGAAAUCAAGAGCUUUAGAGUCCUCGAUCACAUCAGAGAUAACCACAGAUAACCUCAGCUCCAGAGAGCAUACAGAGCCUGAAGUAAGAGGUGAUCAUCAGUCAGAGGAUGCUGAAAGUCACAUGCAUGAACAGGAGAUUAAGCCAGCAGAAAUACAUGAAAUCACGUCCGAAAUGUUGAUACAUGAUGCCACAGAAAAUCCUGAAAACCUUACAGACCAAACUGACAUGAGUGGCACACAGCAGUCUGAGUUCAUUUUGAAAAUCACCAAUGACUCUCUCACCAGUAAUGAAAUUUCAAGUUCUGAAAGCAAACAGGAUGAGCAUCAUAUGAAAGAAAGCAACGCUGAGGCUUUAGAGCAGAAAAAUGAGGAUUAUCAUGUUUAUGAUACCAAGAAAGCAACAAUCAGCGACAUAGAAAGAGUAGACACUGCGCAAGGUCAGGUGUGUGAGGUGGAAGGCCAAGUAGAGGAUGAUGUAAAACCUAGUGAUGAACAAACAGAUCAUCAGGAGAAGGAAGGACUCUUUGAUAAAAUGGAGGAGAGUGAAUCCUCUUUACAAACCCUGCAAUCAGAAACAAAUGUUCCUUUUGAUUCCCAACAUCAGCAAAAUGACACAGGCUUCAACCCCCUUGGGAACAGAAGAAAACUGGGGUCUAGUCGCAGAAAUAGAGGAAGACGUCAUGUCAAGGACUCUGAUGCUGAAUCACACCAUGAACCUACAGAGGAAGUUGUUGGAAAUACCAGGGAUAAUAAACCCUUGGAAACAUCAUUAACAAUAGAGACAGCAGUGCAGGAAAAAACAAAUGAAACCAUGCUGGAAGGAAUCGACAAAUUACACACUGCUGAGACUGAAGAUGUUGGUGAUCAAGUUAAAGACAAUGAGCAUGUUGUCACACUUGUUGGCACCGAUGUACAUUCAAGUUCAACAGUAGAUCAACAGACAAUGGGCCAAUUAAAUUUCAGGGAGAUGCCAGAUGAAGAACUUCCCAAUGUGUGUUCUGCACCAGAAAUAGAAAGCAAGGACAGAGACAAGGACACAGGAUUGUUAAGGCAGGAUGGAAAUUUACAGACCAACUUCUUGGUGAGUGAAUCACGUGUGGAAUCAGCAGAUUUAGAGUCCUCUAUCACAGCGGAGAUAACCACAGAUAAACACAGCCAGAGAAAACAUACUGAAAUUGAAUGCAUUGUUGAGCAAGCAGUCUUUUCAUCAUCAAAAGAAGAUUUGUCUACAGAUGAGGAACAUAAAGAGCCAAAAGUCAGAGGAGCUCAUCAUUUACAGGAUGCUGUAAAUGAAGAGGAGGUCAAGUCAACACAAGUGCAAGAAAUGCAUCAAAUUGAUAACUCCUCAGUUAUGGAGAUUGAAUCUUCUUUACAAACACUACAAUCAGAAAUGAAUACUCCUUUGGACUCCCAUCCUCUGGACAAUUCUCAGAGUAUCAAAGAGCAAACUCAGACAGGCUUCAGUUCCACAGGGAAUAGAAGGAAAUUGGGGUCAAGCCGAAGAAAUAAAGGACGACUGCAUGUCGAGGACACGACAAAAAUAUCUUUGGUAAUGGAGACAACGAGGCAGGAAGAAUUAAAAGAGCAACCCGGCCUAGACUUCAAAUCCGCUGGGGAAAUGAGAAAAAUUAGAUCGGCUGUAAAUGAUGGAGAAAACACAGACAAGAUCUUUGCAGAAGACACACUUUUGUCACAGAAUGUGAUGGACAACAGUACAAACUUGACAAGAGACAUUGCUUCAAGCUCAGGCAAACAUGACAUAGUCAAAUCCAAUAAGGAAGUCAGUGAUGAGGAAAAUAAGCUCAUGAAAGAGUGUGAUCAUUUAAAUCAGCUUACAGGAUGUGACACAGUUAAAACGGACUUGAUACAAUCACCAGAAGUCUCAGUUUGGAAAGACGAUGCAGACAUACAGAGUAUCUCUUAUCAUGAUGACAGCGUAACAGCCAGGUUAAUUGCUUCAGAUGCUCUUGAGCAAGAAGAAGCCUUUCAUGUCCAAAACACGGAAGCUUUACCCAGUGACAAAGAAAUUAGUAUGCAAAAGACAAAUGAUACAUUAGAAACUGUGAGAGAUGUCAUAAUAAAAGACUUAAGUACAGGAGGGGAGGGUUCAAUGUAUGUACAAGGUUCUGGACAGGAUGAGGAUAGAGAACAUUUUGAAGAUUCUAUGAAGAAAGAUCACGAAGACAGAGAAAUUAAUGUUGAACUGUUUUCUGCUGAACACAGCAAAACUGAUGCUCCAUCUGACAUUGGUCUUGAGGAAAAGUUAAGAGCAGCGCCAGCUAUGGAUGUGUCUGAGGAAAGUGGAAUUUCCAGCAAACAAGAAAAAACUUGGAGUGAAACUUUGCAAGUAGAACCCAAACAGAGGAGGAGAAAGAUGGGCUCUACUCGCCGGAGUCAACUCAAUAGAAAACCAGAGGAAAAGAGAACAGAAACAAUAGAUAGUGACUUUAACACAGAGGCUGACAUGAAAAAUCUUGACAAGAGGGGAGUAGUGGAGGAGUUACCAGUGACUGUAGCUGCAGAGGUGUCACCCAGUGAAAAAGCAAAACCAUCACUGAGUCCUGCCUCCCACAAUGAAGAAGUUGUUGAUCCUGUUAAGUUUGUUCAGGUAGCUGAUGUGAGGCAGAGUGAGAGAAAUGUAGAUGUUAGUGUGGAGCCAUCACAGAUAGAUGAUUUUACAGCCAUUGAGGUGGAUAUAGCAUCUGUGCUUGCUGGAGAUAACUCAAUAAAUCCAUUGCUCUCUCCUAAUACUGAAGACACUACAGAGGAGAGUUUUGUGUCUUUAUGUGAGACCACACAGAGUGCACAAAAUAAUGAGGAUAGGCCAGAGAGUGCAAGCGUUACAAAUAACCAAGCUCUGAAAUCAGCAGAGCAGCCUGAUGUGGCAGUUUUGGAUAUUGUGAAAUCUGAAGUCAGAGGAGGAACUGGAGAGGAGCAUUUGACUGCCCAGGCUAGUGAAGAAGAGCCAGACAACAUGAAUGAAGGAGCUCACAAUAAAAAUCCCGAGGGGAAGAACAGGAGAAGAAAGUUGGGUUCCUCCAGAAGGAAUCUCUCAUCGCGAACCAAGCGGGAAGACUUGCAUCAAAAGCAGGAAGUGGAUGAUGAGGCAACAGAGGCUGCAACUAAUGUGGGAGAUGUAAAGACUGAAAGUUUGUCAGGCAUCAUUGAAGAUGAGGAGCAGCUUCACGUGGCAGACAAAGACAUUGGCUCUGAAGAAAGGAAAGAAACAGUGUUUGAAACAGAGGAGCAUGGCCACACUGGUGAGUCUCAAGAAAAUCCUGUUUCUGGUGGCCAACUAGUGGAAACAGAGCAUCAACCAACUCCAAAUGAUCCCUCUGCCAUAUCAUCGUCUUCACCCAAACAAGAUUCAGUGUCAGAAUUGGCAUCUAGUGGGAAAAGAAGAAAAAUGGGAUCUCACCGGAAGUCACAUGGACACCAAAACAAUGAAAACCAAACUGCAGGAGGGGACAGAAUAACAGAUACACAAAAUGGGCAAGAUGUCAGAGGUACCCGGGAUCAAAGUGCCAUCAAGACAACUGAAGAGCUGAGAGAAAAGUCCUUGGGCCUGGACAAAAUACCAGAGGUUGAUGAAAGUGACAAGACACCAUCAUCUAACAUCAGCACCUCAAAGGAAGGAGAGCACUCGAGGCCUGUGAGUGACAAGACGCCUCAACCAGUGACUCCAAUUCAACACCGUUCUGCUGAUAUCCGCCUGGGUCAAGAGAGUCAGACGAAGUUCUCUCUGGCAGGUAAUGCCAGAGCAGCAGAUCUUAGAUCUAACGCUUACAAUGUGAUGAUGAUUGGAGACAGCAGUGUGGGCAAAACCUCCUUCAUAAAAAGAGCUCAAAGUGGAAAGUUUUCUUUAGAUUUACCCGCCUCUGUUGGUCUGGAUUCCUGCAUGUGGACUGUGGUAGUGGAAGGAAAACCUGUGGUGCUGCAGCUGUGGGAUACUGCUGGUCAAGAAAGGUUUCACAGCAUCACAAGACAGAUUUUCCACAAAGCCCAGGCAUUUCUCCUGAUGUAUGACAUCACUUGCUCUCAGAGUUUUUCUGCAGUCAGCUACUGGGCAAGCUGUAUUCAGGAAGAUGCUGCAGAGGACGUGAUGGUUUUACUUGUUGGGAAUAAGAGUGAUUGUGCAAAGCAGCAGGUAAAAACUCAGGAGGCGAAAAGUCUCGCUAAGGAAUACAACUUUGAAUUCAUGGAGUGCAGCGCUGCCACAGGUGAAAAUGUGGUUCAGUCUUUGGAAACUGUAGCCAGGAUGUUGUGUCAAAGAGAUGACACAAGAGAGGAGGCCAUAGUGUUACACAAAGAGCCCCAAAAGAAAAAAUCAUCAGGAUGUUGCUGAACGAGACGUGUGUCUGAAAAGUCGGUGAAGAAAUCCUGCUCACAGUGGACACACACAACUGGCUGAACUGGCUUUUCAAAGAUGAAAACUGGUACUCAAACCAUCUUUGUUCUUAAUAGUUUUUAUCAUAAACUAUAUUCAUUUACACAAAAGUAUACAAGUUGAAUUUCCUUUUCACACUUACCUUCAGAUGUUUUAUUAUUCUACCAAGCCUUAUCUUGACAAUCUAGAGGACUGUUUAAAGGGACAGUAACCCCCAAAUCAAAAAUAGGUAAAGUAUACUGUUCCACUUUUGGAAAUGGAGCAUUUUCAGAUGAGAGAGGAAGCCACAGAGGUUUUCGAUUUGAUGUGCGCUCACCCUACAUACCAUACUGUAGAGAUGAUGCAUGCUUUUUUCACUGACCAGUUUUAAGUGAUCAGAGGAAUAAUUAACACAAAUGGCUAAUGGAUUUCUUUUUAAUCAUUUUGUGUGUUUUAUCUUUUCUUCUUCCUCUCUGCAAUAAUGAAGCUUCACUCUACUGGUGCAAUCCAAAUGAUCACAUCAAGUCAAUAUUUGUACAGUCUUGUUACAGGUAUUUUCAUUUCAGGAUUCAUUAACCAAUCUCACUGAGAAACUAAACUUUGAGUAUUUAAGCCUGCAGAAAUGUUUCUCAGGUACUCAGCUGAAAAAAAGAAGCACCCACAAAGAGUAUCCUUAAUAUUGUACAGCUAUUAAGUACUUGUUCUAUCAUGUCUAUACUUAAAGGAACUUUAUAAUGUUACUUUUAUCAUACAAAUGUAUAUUAAAUGUUGCUUUAAAUUUCACUGCUGCUAAAUCUUAACAAGCAAAUUACCACUUGGAAGUUACAAAACAUGGUAUCAAAGUGCUAUUAUCACUUUUUUUUUGUAGAAUAUUUCGGUGUUUACAAGCAACUUGUGCAAUACGCCUGUGAACAAGAGCAUCCUUUCAUUGUUGUAGCUGUUAAGUUCAGUGUUAUUCUGUUAUUACAUUAAGUUAUGAUUUUGUACAUUUACUAUCUGUUCUAAAUGAACGGCGUUGGCACCACUCCAGUCGUCACACAGCUGCCAGAUAAUCAUAAAUACAUUUCAUGCCUCUAUAAUUAAAGACAGAGGUAGUAAAAUAAAUAACUAUACGUUUAAUUUAUCUCUGUGUAUUUCUGUAUUACUGGUGUGGUUAAAUACCUUUAAUCAGAUUGUUUUAAUGUUUUGCCUCAUGCUUAAUAAACCUCCAGAAUGGCGA